AUGAAAAAAUAUUUUACGGCAGAACCAAAAAAUUCUGGAAAGAAUGUGGGAACAACGCAGGAAAAAAAAACAUCUGGGGUAGCAGAAAAUCCAUCAACAGAUGAUUCAAUACCAGGUUCAUCGCAUUUAUCGGAGUUACCUGAGUCACACGUACCUUCAGCUUCUCAAUCAACAGAACUUGAAGCUUUCCAGGUAGCUGCGGACAUUUGUGAACUUGAAGAAGUGACUGAAAAUUUAUUUGGAUAA